AUGAAGAGGUUGUUGAAAGUGCUGGAAGACAUCGAGAGGGGCGAUGUCAGGGAUCCCACUCCCGACAGGUCGAGGGAGGGAGUAAGCCAAAGUUCGGAGAGGAGUGGGAGCAGUGUGGGGUUGGUAGAAUCAGCUCUGGGGGUUUGUGCGGAUGCUCUAGACAGUGCUCAAGAGUGUCUACAGAGUCCUAUCGGCCAGGCAAAUGCCGAUACGCUCGGCAAGAUGACAGCCCUCUUAGAAGCACAGAGGAAUGAGAUUGAAGAGAUGAGAGUCUUUAUCGAAGCUCGGCGCUUCCCUUCUCUCGUCACACUGCAGCAGAUCUAUGGAAAGAUAAACAACCAGAUCAAGGGUGUCUCGAGUCUACCAGACGGAGAGGCGUAUGGCGCCCUGUGUUCGAUGGUUCAGGUCCUCCAAGAAGGCCCAGACUACCUAAUCGACAUAAUCCUCAUCUCCGCCAUCGUCUGGUACGCCGAGACAAUUGACUCUUCCUACACUGCCUCCCUUCGCCAGAUCCUCGAAACCGCCAUCGCCUCCCAAAGCAACCUCGAAACUUUCCGGCGGGCGGCGGAAGAGAUUCUAGCGUUUAGUGCGGGGUUGGAUGUGGGGAUGUUGGAUGAUAGGGAGGCGGAGGAUGCGUAUAGGGUUAUUGGGGCGCUUUUAAGGCAGCUGCAAGUCAGAAUCCAGUCCAGCACGUUGGGAACACCAUCAAGCAGUAGUGUCGCAUCAACCUCCACGCCUAAGCCUCUCACUCUCCCCGGAACACCCGUCGCAACACCACCCAUAUCACCCGUUUCUUCCACCCCUUCCUCGGCAGGAGAUGCGGUCUUCAAGGGUAUGAGCGUCAAGGACCUACAAGACAGUUUUGGAACCGGCGUCACUACUCCCACUCCCGCUUUACCAGGACUGUCGUCAUACAACGCCCCAUCCUCCGGCCCCACCGCCAAACCCACGCCAACCCCAUCUUCCCCGGCGUCCGCGACAGGAUCCGAAGAAUCUCAAGAAAUAUGGGAAUACAGAGGUCAGCUCCUCACGCGUUCCGCCCUCGAUCUCGUACUCCGCCAAGAAAUGCUUGAACAAGCAGAUUCGUCCGGCCAGUAUGCUGGAGAAGUUUCAUGGGACGACCUGCGCGGUGCUUGGAUUCCGAAAUGGGCGAAAAAGCUAAAGAAGAGUGAUUUGGCGGAGGGGGAGGUGCCGGAUAGUAAUCCGGCGACGUUUAAGGAGAAGGAUGAGGAUGAGUGGGGGAAUGAGAUUGGGUUUUAUGGGGUGAAUAAGGAGUUGUAUUAA